CACCACGGGCUCCUCAUGGCUAUGACGGGGCUCUGAGCGUGUCCUGGGGAGGGACUUUACAGCCCCGGUGUCCUCGGUGUCCUGGCAGAGCCCUGCACCCCACACUCACUGGACAUUCCAGUUGCCAUUCCCAUCCCCGGAGUCACCGAUUCCAAGAACCGGCGGCUCUGGGUGUUCCUGACCAACCACCUCCGGUUCCUUUUCUGUCCCAGAGGCCACCGGGAUUCACCAUGAAUUUCGAAGGGCUCAACCCCUCCCUGGCCGAGUAUGCGCCGCCCCUGCACCCGGCGCUGGACCCCGUCCUGGACCCCCACCUCAACCCCAGCCUGGUGGAGCUGGACCCCGAGGGGGUGUCCCUGGAGGGCAUCCCGGUGCCAGAGUCGGUGCACCUGAUGGAGGGCAUGUACAGCGAGCUCCACACGGCCGUGUCCGAGGUCGGGGUGCCCGUCUCCGUGUCCCACUUCGACCUGCACGAGGAGAUGCUGUGGAUUGGGAACCACGGGGGCCAUGCCACCUCCUUCUUCGGCCCCACGCUGGAGCGAUACUCUUCCUUCCAAGUGAACAGCAGCGACGACAUCCGCCAGAUCCAGAGCCUGGAGAACGGCGUCCUCUUCCUCACCAAGACCAACCUGAAGUACAUGUCGCGGGGCGGCCUCAUCAUUUUUGACUACCUCAUGGAUGAGUCCGAGGACAUGCACAGCCUCCUGCUGACGGACAGCAGCACCCUGCUCGUGGCCGGCCUGCAGAACCACGUCCUCGAGAUCGACCUCAACACCGUCCAGGAGACGCAGAAGUACACCGUGGAGGUCCCGGGCAUCACCAUCAUGAGGCAAUCGAACCGUUUCUUCUUCUGCGGGCACACCUCGGGGAAGGUGUCCCUGCGCGACCUGCGCACGUUCGUGGUGGAGCACGAGUUCGACGCCUACUCCGGGAGCUUGUCCGACUUCGACGUCCACGGGAACCUCCUGGUGACCUGCGGCUUCUCCAGCCGGAUGAACGGGCUGGCCUGCGACCGCUUCCUCAAGGUCUACGACCUGCGCAUGAUGCGGGCGACCACCCCCCUGCAGGUCCACAUCGACCCCUUCUUCCUGCGCUUCAUCCCCACCUACACCUCCCGCCUGGCCAUCAUCUCCCAGACAGGCCAGUGCCAGUUCUGCGAGCCCACCGGGCUGGCCAACCCCGCCGACAUCUUCCACGUGAACACGGUGGGGCCCCUCAUCAUGACCUUCGACGUGUCUGCCAGCAAACAGGCGCUGGCCUUCGGCGACUCCGAGGGCUGCGUCCACCUCUGGGCCGACUCCCCAGAGGUCACCUUCAACGCCUACUCCCGGGAGACCGACUUCGCCCUGCCCUGCAUGGUGGACACGCUGCCCCACCUGGACUGGAACCAGGACCUGGUGCCGCUCUCGCUCAUCCCGGUGCCGCUGACCAGCGACGCGCUGCUCUCCGACUGGCCCGCCGCCAACUCCGCCCCGGCACCGCGGCGAGCCCCCCCAGUAGAUCCCGAGAUUUUGCGAACCAUGAAGAAGGUGGGAUUCAUCGGCUACGCCCCAAACCCCAGGACCAAGCUCCGCAACCAGAUUCCUUAUCGGUUAAAGGAGACGGACAACGAGUUUGACAACUUCAGCCAAGUCCCCGAGUCCCCGAUCGGGCGGGAGGAGGAGCCACAUCUCUACAGGGUGGCCAAGAAGUACAGGAAGGUCACCAUCAAAUACUCCAAGCUGGGGCUGGAGGACUUUGACUUCAAGCAUUACAACAAGACGCUGUUUGCAGGGCUGGAGCCCCACAUUCCCAAUGCCUACUGCAACUGUAUGAUCCAGGUGCUGUAUUUCCUGGAGCCCGUCCGCUGCCUGGUCCAGAACCACCUGUGCCAGAAGGAAUUCUGCCUGGGCUGUGAGCUGGGCUUGCUCUUCCAUAUGCUGGACCUAUCCCGAGGAGAUCCCUGCCAGGGAAGCAACUUCCUGCGGGCUUUCCGCACGAUCCCGGAGGCUUCGGCGCUGGGGCUCAUCCUGGCUGACUCGGACGAGGCCACGGGGAAGGUGAACCUGGGGCGGCUGAUUCAGAGCUGGAACCGUUUCAUCCUCACUCAGCUGCACCAGGAAACCCAGGAGCAGGAGGGGCCGCAGGCGUACCGGGGGGCUGGCACCAGCAGCUUUGGGUCCUCAGGGGACUCUGUCAUCGGGCAGCUCUUCAGCUGUGAGAUGGAGAACUGCAGCAUGUGCCGCUGUGGGAAGGAGACGGUCCGAGUGUCCUCCACGCUGCUCUUCACCCUCUCCUACCCCGAGAGCACCGAAAAACCAGCCAAGGAUUAUGAGUUUGCCCAGAUUUUAAAGCGAAGCAUCUGCUUGGAGCAGAACACGCAGGCCUGGUGUGAGAACUGCGAGAAGUACCAGCCCACGGUGCAGACCCGGAACAUCCGCUGCCUGCCAGAUGUCCUGGUCAUUAACUGUGAGGUGAACAGCUCCAAGGAGGCAGAUUUCUGGAAGACACAGGCUGAGUAUUCCUUUCAGAAAGCCAUGAUGAAGAGGGGAGGCUUUGACAUCACCAAGGGAAAGGAGAUCUCUCUUGGAGAGUGCUCCUUGGGGGGAGUCACACACCAGCAGUGGUACCUCUUCAACGACUUCCUCAUCGAGCCCGUGGACAAGGAGGAGGCCGAGCUGCGCAGCGAUGGCACCAAAUCCACCAUCAAGCCCAGCCAGAUGUCGGUGGCCCGGAUCACCUGCGUGCGUGGGCAGGGCCCCAACGAGGGGGUCCCCUUCAUUGAUGACUACAUCUCCACCCAGGAGCAGGUGGUGGAUUACCUGACCCAGUACUCCGGGAUCAAGCCGGGAGACCUGGAUGCCAAGAUCUCCUCCAAGCACUUGACCACCCUCAAAUCCACUUACCUGAAGCUGCGUUUCCUCAUCGACGUGGGCGUCAAGUUUGUGGGCCACGGGCUGCAGAAGGACUUCCGUGUCAUCAACCUGAUGGUGCCCAAGGACCAGGUGAUCGACACCGUGUACCUGUUCCACAUCCCGAGGAAGAGGAUGAUCUCCCUGCGCUUCCUCGCCUGGUACUUCCUGGACCUGAAGAUCCAGGGAGAAACCCACGACAGCAUCGAGGACGCACAGACGGCGCUGCGGCUCUACCGCAAGUACCUGGAGCUGAGCCCGCAGGGCUCGGAGCCCGAGGAGUUCCGGAAGGUGCUCAAGGGGCUCUACGAGAAGGGCCGAAAGCUGGACUGGAAGGUGCCCGAG